AUGCCAUUCAUAACCCUAGAAGAGCACUACAUCUCUUCAGAAGUGCGCAACGCCAACGAUGAAUUCGCCUCCUUCCCAGCACACAUAACCCAAAAGCUCUCCAGCCUCUCCGCAGAAAGAAUCCAAGAUAUGGACAGCGGCAACGUCGCCCUCCAAAUCCUCUCCCACGCCCCAGGAACCUACCCACCAGCCCUCUGCACCUCAACCAACAACCAACUCGCACAAGCAAUAUCGCAAAACCCCAAACGCCUCGCCGGCUUCGCCCUCCUACCAAUGGGCGAUCCAAGCUCAGCAGCCUCAGAGCUAGAGCGGUGCGUGCGUGAGCACGGAUUCCUAGGUGCGUUGGUGGACAACCACAUCAACGGACGAUUCUACGAUGGGCCCGAAUUCAGAGUGGUUUUUGAGAAAGCGGCUGAGCUGGAUGUGCCGAUAUAUUUGCAUCCGUCUUGGGCGAGUCCGGAGAUGCUGGAGCAUUAUAAGGGCGGGUAUGCGGAUGAGGUUGCUGUUGCUAUGAGUGCUUUUGGGUGGGGAUGGCAUAGUGAGACUGCGGUGCAUGUUUUGAGGCUUUAUGCGAGUGGGUUGUUUGAUGAGGUGCCUGGGCUGAAGAUUGUGUUGGGGCAUAUGGGUGAGAUGUUGCCGUUUCAGAUGGAAAGGGUGGUUGGUGUUGCUGGGAGGUGGGGGUUGAGGAGGGGAUUUCAGGAGGUUUGGGAUAGUAAUUUUUGGAUUACGACGAGUGGGAUGUUCAGUCUUGCGCCUCUGGCUUGUUUGUUGAGGACGACGAAGAUUGAGAGGGUACUUUAUUCGGUUGAUUAUCCGUUCUCGGAUAACAAGAAGGGGGCUGAUUUCGUUGAGAGGAUUAAGAAGAGUGGAUUGAUGAGUGCUGAGGACUUGGAAAAGUUUGCCCAUGGGAAUGCUGAGGCGUUGUUUGGGGUUGGGCCUGUAUAG